AUGUAUCUGUCUAUUCUUCCAAUUCCACCAUCAACGCACCGAAUAGACACCACAUCGACCUCUUCAUUAGGGACUUCUCUCUAUAAUAAUACAAUUCUUCCAAUUCCACCAUCAACGCACCGAAUUUACACCACAUCGACCUCUUCAUCAGUGACUUCUCUCUCUAAUAAUACAAUUCUUCCAAUUCCACCAUCAACGCACCGAAUUUACACCACAUCGACCUCUUCAUUAGGGACUUCUCUCUAUAAUAAUACAAUUCUUCCAAUUCCACCAUCAACGCACCGAAUAGACACCACAUCGACCUCUUCAUUAGGGACUUCUCUCUAUAAUAAUACAAUUCUUCCAAUUCCACCAUCAACGCACCGGAUUUACACCACAUCGACCUCUUCAUCAGUGACUUCUCUCUCUAAUAAUACAAUUCUUCCAAUUCCACCAUCAACGCACCGAAUAGACACCACAUCGACCUCUUCAUUAGGGACUUCUCUCUAUAAUAAUACAAUUCUUCCAAUUCCACCAUCAACGCACCGAAUUUACACCACAUCGACCUCUUCAUCAGUGACUUCUCUCUCUAAUAAUACAAUUCUUCCAAUUCCACCAUCAACGCACCGAAUAGACACCACAUCGACCUCUUCAUUAGGGACUUCUCUCUAUAAUAAUACAAUUCUUCCAAUUCCACCAUCAACGCACCGAAUAGACACGACAUCGACCUCUUCGUCAGGGACCGAUUCAAGUAUUAAUGCCCUUGAGAAGCUUCAAGAAUGCGUAUAA